AUGCUUUCUGACGCCCAAAUUGCAGAAAGUCUUGAUGAAAUCUUACAAGAUGUAGAUUCUGAUGAUGAUUUUCUUGAUUUCAUAAAUUUUGAUGAUUCUGUUGAACCAGAACUUCAAGAUUUAGAACCCAAAUGUAUGCCUAGUGUUCAUCAAUUUGUACCCACUGCUCCCAAGAAAAAGAAUAAACCAUCUGCACAAAAUUUUGUUUGGAAAAAACGUGGAAACUUUGUUCCUAAAAUUCACGAUUUUGAUCCUUCUAAGAGUGGUAUAAACAAAGCAGAAUUCGAACUAUCAGAUCAGUCAUGUAUUUUAGAUUUUUUUGAGGCAUUUGUUACCCCAAGCUUAUUGGGGAAGGUUGCUUUUGAGACCAAUCGAUACUGCCAGCAAUUUGAAGAUGUUACACCUGGCUCUAGAGUCAAUCAAUGGGUGGAUGUAGAUUGUGAAGAAAUGUUUGUGUUCUUAGCAAUAACAAUGUUGAUGGCCAGAAACAAAAAAUUGGAAAUACAAGACUACUGGUCUAUGGACCCUUUAUCUCAUCAACCAAUAUUUGGCAAAUACAUGAGUCGCAACAGAUACCAAAUUAUAUUGAGAAUGUUUCAUUUUAGCCAGAAUGAAGAUCAAGUACCAUGGGACAGACUUGCAAAAGUGCGUAUGCCUUUGAAAGAAAUUACCAAAAAUUUCAAAGAAGCAAUGAUUCCUUUUGAAAACUUAGCAAUUGAUGAAAGUUUAGUGCUUUGGAAAGGUAGAUUAUCGUUCAAACAAUUUAUAAAAACCAAACGACACCGUUUUGGAAUUAAAAUAUUUGUUUUGUGUGAUGUCGAAACUGACUUUAUUCUUGACAUCAUAAUAUAUACUGGGAGUACCACCGAGUAUAAAAAAACUGACCCUAGCCUUGGAAUUUCUGGUGCUGUUGUGAACACACUUAUCAAACCAUAUUUGAAUAGAGGCCAUAAAUUGUUCAUAGAUAAUUGGUAUUCAUCACCAUCCUUAGCUAACUAUCUUCAUAAGAGAAAAACUAAUGUCACUGGGACAGUUCGAAAAAAUCGAAAAGGUAUGCCGUCCCUGUUAGCUAAAUUGAAAGUUGGACAAACUGAAAGCCAACAUACAAAUAAUAUAUUAGUAGUCAAGUGGAAAGAUCGUAGGGAUGUAUUUAUGCUCACUACUCAAUUUGAAGACAAAAUGGUACAUGUUGGAAAAAAUGAUCAUCAAGGUAAUAAAAUAAUGAAACCAGAAGCAGUAAUGCAUUAUAAUGAAAGCAUGGGGCCAAUCGACAAAACGGACAUGCUUUUGAGUUCAGUAGAAUGUGUGAGAAGAACAAUCAAGUGGUAUAAAAAAUUAUUUUUUCACCUGAUUGAUUUGUCACUUUUGAAUGCAUACUCUGCAUAUAAAACGUGUACUGGACUAAAAAUUAGCCUUGCAGACUUUCAGUUUCAGCUGAUACGUGAAAUAUUUAAAAAGUAUGCCACACAAACACAAAAUAUAUGCCGCCGUUCAAACACAAGUUUUUCAGAGCGCUUACAAGGGCGACACUUUCCUUCGACAGUACCACCUACAUCAAAAAAA